AGUUUGUAAACAAGCAAUGGAUCUGUUUGGUUGUUCUUAUCAGCAUUCCAGAAAAUAAGCAGUUACGAUAAUUUGUACAUCGCUUAACAUUUGUUUUCAGGACAAACAAAGUGAUAUGAAAAGCAUUUUUGAAAUUUGCAAAGAUUAGAAAAAGAUUAGGAGAAUGGAUUUCAAAUAUGGAACAUAUCUGGUAAUACUUACUCUAACUAUAAAAGCAACAGCCGAUUGCGGCUGUAAUAAACUAAAGCGAACACCAAAUGGACCAGAAGCUCCACAGGAACACGUAAUUUUUCCCGAAAAACAUGAAGCGAACGCGCACGGCGAAGAUUCUCCCACAAAUCUACUUAAGCUUGUGGAACACUCCAAGAAGUUCAUCGAUAUGAGUUUAAUACCUGGUGGAAAAUACGUGAUCGGUACUAACGAACCAUUUUUCACCGACGAUAAGGAGGGACCGGAGCGUGAAGUUGAGCUGAAGGAAUUUUACCUGGACCGAUAUGAAGUAUCCAACCUGCAAUUUCGUGACUUUGUCCAGCAGACAGGCUAUGUAAGCGAGGCAGAAAAGUUUGGCGAUAGUUUCGUGUUUCAAGAAUUUCUUACUCCAGAAGUCCGGAAACAUUACAAUGAUUUUAGAGUUGCCGCUGCCCCUUGGUGGUACAAAAUUCAAGGAGCAAACUGGAAACAGCCGGAGGGCGAUCCAGAAAAAGGAUUAGAAAAUCGCUUAGAUCAUCCGGUUGUCCACGUGUCGUGGAAUGAUGCUGUGUCCUACUGCCGCUGGAAAGAAAAGCGUUUGCCCACCGAAGCGGAAUGGGAAGUUGCUUGUCGCGGGGGAAGAAAGCAAAAACUUUUCCCAUGGGGCAACAAAAUGAUGCCAAAGGAUGAGCACUACAUGAACAUAUGGCAGGGAUUGUUCCCGGAGGGUAAUUUGGCGGAAGAUGGAUGCGAGGGUACAUGUCCUGUAGAUCGUUUCCGUCAAAACGCCUUUGAUUUGUACAACAUAGUGGGUAAUGUUUGGGAAUGGACCGACGAUCGCUGGGACGAACAGGAGGAGUCAGAAGCUCCGAAUCGAGUUAAAAAAGGUGGUUCAUAUCUGUGCCAUGAAUCGUACUGUUAUCGGUAUCGGUGUGCCGCUAGAUCUCAGAAUACCGAGGAUAGUUCAGCAGGAAAUUUGGGUUUCCGUUGUGCUGCUGAUAUCGACUGAACCAACUGACUGUACAACUGCUCUAUGUGAUUUUUCAGACAGCUAUCAAUAUACAUAGCUGUCUGAAAAAUCUGAUCUGAUCUAAUUAUAGACACUUUACCACGUUCAAAUAUUAUGUAAAUUGCUUAUUA